CUGGCAGCUUGGGACUCCACAGCUAGGUGCGGUCGCCAAACCCUAGCUCUGGACAAAUCGCCUUGGAUUUAAAAAGACUCUUAUGCCCCUGUACGGAACUCCGCACCCACGCUACGUACCGUGAUUUGGACCCAAAUCAGGGGGGUUUCUGUAAAUCACUGCGAGUUGCCCCUUUUUUCUUUUCUUUUCUUUUCUUCUCUUUUUCCUUCGUUUUCUUAGGUCUGUUUGGGUUGCAGGAAAAAGGAGAGAGAGGAUAGGGAAUUCGAGGCGGUGAGACGGUGAGUGCGGAGAGAGAUGAAGGGCUGCGAGCUGUGUGGAUGUCCGGCGAGGAUGUACUGCGAGUCGGACCAGGCGAGCUUGUGCUGGGACUGCGACGCCAAGGUUCACGGUGCGAACUUUCUGGUGGCUAGGCAUUCGAGGAGUCUUCUUUGCCACGUAUGUCGGUCGCCGACGCCGUGGAGAGCUUCCGGUGCGAAGCUAGGGCACACGGUUUCGGUGUGCGAGAGGUGCGUGGACGGGUGUGGUGGGAGGAAGUGUGGAGGUGCAGCGGAGGAGAGCGAGGGAGGAAUGAUGAUGAGGUUGGCAUGGAGGAUGAUGAUCUCGAUGAGGAUGAUGAGUACGACGAUGACGAUGAUGUCGAAGAUGAGGAGGAGGAAGAGGAGGAGGAUGACGACUUUGGCGGUGAUGAUGAAGACGGUGAUAAUCAGGUGGUGCCAUGGUCUUCUACGCCGCCUCCACCUGAGGCAAGCUCUUCGAGCAGCGAAGAGUCGUUGAACAGCUUCUCUAGCGGCAACAGAGAUGUCCCUGGUUCGUUCACAAUGCUUUCGCUGAAGCGAAUGCGUGAAACUGCUUCAGAUCUUCGCUCGCAAGACGAUUUCAACCGACCGUCCUCUCAACCGAACUACGCCUCAGCGAGGGCGGCAGCGGCUCGAUCCGCGGCUGACGACGGCGAAGCCAUUUCUGAGGACGCCCUUAGGCCAUUCAAAGACCGGAGAAUAGAACAGAACCGGCCGGUCCAACCCCAGGCCGGUUCGAGAACGGCCGAGAUCGUCGACUCGCUUAACAGACUCCACAAUCAAGACAUAACCUCCGGCAGCGACGCGUCCUCUAUAAUCGCCGGCAUUUGCAAUCUGAGUAAACAAUCUGGGGCCGUUGAUCUUGAUUGCUCGAGCUCUCGUAGUCGUCGGAUUUGAGGUAGCCAUUAACCUACUCUAACAAAAAUCCUCUAUUAACCAUCAAUUUACUCUGUAUUGAUUAGAGACCUAUCUCCUGAUUGUAUUUCUUGGUUGAAUCAAACGGUGUCGUUUUGGGGACUAGGGGUUUUGGGUAAGACAAAACCAUUGGUGUAAAAUGAAGUACUGAAUGAAAAUGACCAUAUCAUUGAGAUUCAGAGACUA